AAAAUAUUCAGCAAAAGCCCAACAGUCCAGAGACUGUCACCAUGGAGUUGAAGCAGUCAGCACUUUGUCAAAAAUCCCUUUUGUUGGUCACUACUUUGCUGCUUAUACCGAUCUUCUAUGGUCACACCGUAACGACACAUCUACGCGAACUCAGGGCCGUUUCUGGCGCCAUUUUGGAGUCUUCAUGGGAAGCAUUUCUUCAGUUGGUUGGUGAGGAUGACUACAAUUUGUACGUUUGGGGUAUUACCUUGUCUGUCCAAAUUCCAUUUUGGGCUAUUGGCAUUUUUUUCAUGAUCGUGGACUACUACAACUGGCCCAAAUGGUUUCGCAAAUAUAAACUGCAACCGGGUACUAACGAGCCAGUUGAUUUGAAUAAAUUACUAGAGACUGUUAAGGUCGUGUUGAUCAAUCAAUGGGCCAUUUCGUAUCCACUCACCAUCGUCAGCUAUUACUUUAAAAAAGCGACCAACACAACACCAAUUAUUCACGGACUACCAACUAUCGAACAAGCAUUAUUGGAUUUUACCAUUUUGUUCAUUUGCGAAGAAAUCGGAGUGUACUACGUGCAUAGGCUGGUCCAUCAUCCAAAAUUAUACAUAACGGUCCAUAAAAAACAUCACGAAUGGCGUGCACCUGUUGCCAUAGCUUCGAUGUACAGUACUCCAAUUGAAUAUCUUUUACUGUUGGGUGCAGCAGCUGUGGGUCCGCUGAUCGUUAAUCCUCACACGGCCCUCUUGUGGUUCUGGUACGCAUUCGUUCACCUGCGAAGCGUGAAUGAGCACACAGGUUACAAGUUUCCAUGGCUACCGUUUUCGGAUCAUCACGACUAUCACCACAUCAUGAAUAAUGCCUGUUUCAGUCACUCCUAUUUCUUAGAUUGGCUUCACGGCACGGAUAAGGGUUUCCGAGCUUAUGUCUCUCGUAAGAAAUCUUCCAAACAGAUUGACUAAUGCGAAAAAGAUUUCAAAAAUAUUAUUGUCGUAAAAUAAUUUUACCUCCUUUUGUUUUCAUGCUAUAAGUAAUAAUUACAGCUUGGGUAUUUCGGGUGUGUCAUUGUAAAUUACUCAACAUGGGAAAGGAAACUGUUUUGUUGAAUUGUUUUAUAGGUUCCUUUCAGCAGUUUUUGGUUAUCACUUUCUUCCACAAUCGAAUCCAAGAAUAAAAAAAAAUUUAUUAUUCAAAAAGCGGCAUUGCAAGUUUUGAGAUUAUUCCGGAUAAAGCGUGACUGAUUCACGUCUGGAAACUAAGACUAUUCCGGUCUGAAAGUCGUGUUCAAUAAAUGUUUCUAAGAGAAAA